AUGGGGUUUGAAGAGUUCGAACCCAUUUACGGCGAACCGAAAGCAGAAUGGGGGAAGAGCUCCGACUUCGGACGUUCUGCUGUUCCUCUCCGGAGAUUCUUGAUGCAUGUUUUCGCUCCUGACUACUAUCACCUCAAGAUUCAAGCAACCGAUUACAGCUCCAACACUUUUGAAGCUAAUAAGUCCAUCUCGCAGCUGAAAGACUUGCAAGAUAGCAUUGGAAUUGGUGGCUCAUGGUCUGAGUUUGUGGACUACUUUAUAUCUUCACUUAAAUCUGAAGAUGUCAAGCUUGUUCUGGAGAAGUAA